GAGAAACUGGCUGUCCUGUCAGCCAAGGGAGUCCCGAAUUGUUCAAGCCUGCAGUGUGAACCCCCAAUAGUCAAGAGGGCAGCUGAAGUGGCCAGUUGUCCAAUCGAGACCUCGGGCAGGCGAAGAGGAAGAGUGUCACCCGCCAUCUUUCUUUCUGGUGCUGCCAUAGUUGAGCCUCUAUUCUGUUACUUUAUGGAGUCCUAAACUGUUCGGCUUCGGUUUUUUCAUGACCGCUAAACCCAGUGUGGGAGUUAGGUCGCAGGAGGCUAGGGAUUUGAACGUCAGAAGUGGCGAUCCAAUGCAACUUGUUUGACCCGGAGCGCCGGAGAAUGGAACGGAAGUUCUUUACCCGCCAUCUUUCUCCCUGGCAAAGCCAUUCUAUCAGCUCCGUGCAGUCCGAUGGGGGAGUCCGGGGUCACUGUACUUCGGGAAAUUGUCUGAGUGCUAAAUCCAGGAGCCGGGUGAGGCCGCAGGAGACCCGCAGCGCAGCCAUGGAGUCUGUGUCCUUUGAGGAUGUGGCUGUGAACUUCACCCCAGAGGAAUGGGCUUUGCUGAAUUCUUCCCAAAAAAGGCUGCACAGAGAUGUGAUGCAGGAAACCUUCAGGAACUUAUCUGCCAUAGCAAAAAAGCAAGAAGACUGGACGCUUAGAAAUGACUAUGAAACUUUAAAGACAAUUCAGACUGGAUACAAACUAUGUGAGAACCAGGAGUAUGCAGAGAAACUAGACACAUGUCAGGAAUGUGGGAAAGUCUUUAAUUCUCUCCAAUGCUUUCUGGGACAUAUGAAGACUCAUACUGAAGAGAAAAUUUAUGAAUGUAAGCAAACUGAACAAGUUGUCAGUAGACAGAGUUCUGUUCAAGUACACGAAAGAAUGCAUGCUACAGAAAAAACUUAUGUUUUAAACCAGAGUGGGAAAGACUUUUUGACUCUUGCUGGUAUUCCACAGCACAUAAUAACACAUAAUAAAGAUAGGCCAUACAUAUGUAAAGUAUGUGGUAGAACCUUUCACUCUUCCAGUUCUUUCUUGACACACAAAAGAACUCACACUGGAGAACAGCUUUAUAUAUGUAAUCAAUGUGGCAAAACCUUCACUUACUCCAGUGGCCUUCGCCGCCAUGAGCGGACCCACAGUGGAGAGAAACCCUAUGAAUGCAAGCAAUUUCUGAAGGUCUUUCCUUCUUCAGGGAAGGUUGAAAGUCAUGCACAAACUAACGAUGGGAUAAAAUACAUAUGUAAUCAAUGUGGGAUAGCCUUCAGUGAUCACAGUUCCCUUCAGUGCCACGAAAAGGUUCACAGUUUAGAGAAACCUUAUGUAUACAAGCAAUGUGGAAAAGCAUUCACUUGCUCUAGUGCCUUGCGAAGACAUGAACGAAUUCAUACUGGAGUGAAACCCUAUGAAUGCAAAGUAUGUGGGAAAGCCUUCAUUGACUGCAGUUCUCUUCAGUGUCAUGAAAGAGUUCACAGUGGAGAAAAACCUUAUCUGUGUAAGUUGUGCGGGAAAGCGUUCAGCCGCCACGGCUCUCUGAAAUGCCAUGAGAGGGUCCACAGUGGGGAGAAGCCGUAUGCGUGUAAGCAGUGUGGGAAGAGCUUCAUGCAUCACAACGCUCUUCGAUACCACGAACAGAUUCACAGUGGAGAGAGAGCCUACAGGUGUAAGCAGUGCGGGAAAGCCUUUGUGUUGAGCAGUGCACUGAAAAAGCAUGAACGAAUUCACAGUGGAUUGAAACCUUGUCAGUGCAGGGUAUGUGGGAAAGCCUUCACCUUUCACAGUUCCCUUCAUUGCCAUGAAAGGACACACACCGGAGAGAAGCCCUACGUGUGUAAGCAGUGUGGAAAAGCCUUUAUGUAUCACAGUUCUCUUCGUUGCCACGAAAAUAUUCACAGUGCAGAGAAACCCUAUGUGUGUAAGCUGUGUGGGACAGCCUUCACUUACCACAGUUCUCUUCAGCGCCAUGAGAGAAUCCACAGGGGAGAGAAGCCGUAUGUGUGUAAGUUCUGUGGGAAAGCCUUCACUGAUCACAGUUCCCUUCGAUGCCAUGAAAGAAUCCACACUGGAGAGAAGCCCUACAUAUGUAAGCAGUGUGGGAAAUGCUACAGUGCUCACGGCUCCCUUCGACACCAUGAAAGGACGCACUGUGUGUAAGCUAUGUUGGGAGACUUUCUCCUUUUGAAUAAGUUUUAAUCUCAUAACUGAAAAAAAACCAUAUGGUAAACAAUGUGAAUAAGCCUUAACAUGUUCUGGCUCCCUUAAAAAACCAUGAAUGGAGACGCAUUGGAGACUGUCUCUAAAUAGAGAAUAAAGAAAAGCUCCACAUUACAAGAUCUUUCUAGCAAGCAUGAUGACAUAAUGAAUUUAACUUGUAUCUGUAAAUCAUGUGGGAUUUUCUCUACUUGUCUCAGCACAGUUUUCAAAAACCCUAAGGUGAUGAAGACAUCAGUCUGUAUAAUGCCUGUCCCAGAGGCCCGAGAUCCUGAGUUUAAGUCCUCAGCACCCAUCUAAAAGUCAGACAUGAUGGCACGUGCCUGUAAUCCCAGUGCUGGGAGGCAGGGGAAUCCCUGAGGCUUGCUGGUCAGCUAGUCUGCGCAGAUCUCUUUAGGUCCAGUGAGAGAGCUCUCAAAAAAUAAAGCAGAGAGGGAUUAAGGAAGGCUCCAGCGCUAACAUCAACCUUUGGCCUCUACAUGCGAGUACAGUGUGCAGCCACACACAUAUGCACACUGAUCUACACACGCAUGCACAUCACACACACACACACGAGAACACACUGUAUUACGAACAUUGCGUAGAAGAAAUCUUUAAGUCUUCAUUUGACCAGUAUAUCAAAUACACAGUCAAAACCUUAUACAUGUAGGUAGAAGUGUCAUUUGUGGCGUAAGGUAUAAAAGGCUGCUGCAGUAGGCUUCUGUUACCAUAGCUAGUGGGAAGAGCCUAGUUUAAUAAUCUGUGUGGAAUGCUUUAGAAAUUGCACACUUCAGAGGAAAUGUUCCAGUGUUUGUAAAUGUGUGUCAGUGCCACAUGGUUAGCUAAAGCAAACUUGUGUGCUCAUAAUUUUAUUCUUGAAAAUAAAUGUCUCAGUGAAAUUAUUUAAUAAAGUUUACCUCAUCUGUA